AUGAGGAAGUCUUUGCCAAGUAGCCAGAACAUUGAGCCCCCAACUUACUCAAUUGACUCAUCUCCUUCACUCCAGUUCGUUUCUUCCCUCUUGAGGUGCUGUCUGCUCAUGAAAGAGCAUUGCCAACGAUCGAUCAUAGUUAUUCCCUCUGAGGACAGCCACUCUUCUGAGUAUAUCGCAGAAUGUGAUGCCAGGAGAGCUUACAUCUCAGGAUUCACUGGAUCUGCUGGAUGUGCCGUCGUGACCCUCGAAUCUGCUGCCCUUGCUACCGAUGGUCGUUACUUCAACCAGGCCGCAUCUCAACUCGACGACAACUGGACACUACUUAAACAAGGCCUUCAAGAUGUUCCUACUUGGCAGGACUGGUCCGCCGAACAGUCGUCUGGCGGGAAGAACGUGGGAGUUGAUCCCACCCUUAUUUCUGGCUCCACGGCCAAGGGCCUGGCUGAAAAGAUUCGAAAGAACGGCGGUGCUGAGCUGGUUGCUGUUGAUGGAAACCUCGUCGAUCUGGUUUGGGGUGAUGAGCGUCCUGCUCGUCCCUCAGAAAAGGUCAUUAUCCAGCCAGAUGAGCUUGCAGGAGAGUCUGUGUUGAACAAGCUCAACAAGGUUCGCCAGGAGAUGGGAAAGAAGCAUUCGCCCGGAUUUCUUGUUUCUAUGUUGGAUGAGAUUGCGUGGUUAUUCAACCUUCGUGGCAGCGAUAUCCCUUAUAACCCCGUCUUCUUUGCCUAUGCAACGGUCACACCCGAUGCUGCUAAGCUUUACAUCGAUGACUCCAAGUUGGACGAUGAGUGCCGCUCUCAUCUCACUUCCAACAAGGUCGAGAUUAAACCAUACGACACUGUCUUUGAGGAUUCUCAAGCACUCCACGCCUCUGUUUCCGAAAAGACCAAGACUGACGACAAGGCCCCCAAGGGAAACUUUCUCAUCUCUAACAAGGGCUCAUGGGCACUCAAACGGGCAAUUGGAGGUGACUCUUCAGUUGACGAGAUCCGAAGUCUGAUCGGUGACGCCAAGGCCAUAAAGACCGAGGCUGAACUCAAGGGUAUGAGGGACUGCCAUGUCAGGGAUGGUGCUUCGCUCAUCCAAUAUUUUGCUUGGCUCGAGGAUCAACUGGUGAACAAGAAGGCCACACUUGAUGAGGUCCAGGCCGCCGACAAGCUUGAGGCGCUCCGUAAAGAAAAGAAGGAUUUUGUUGGCCUCUCGUUCCCAACUAUUUCCUCCACAGGUGCAAACGCUGCGAUCAUUCAUUACGGCCCCGAGCGUGGAAACUGUGCCACAAUUGACCCCAAAGCCAUUUACCUUUGCGAUUCCGGUGCUCAAUACCGUGACGGCACCACCGAUACCACUCGAACGCUGCACUUUGGAACACCAACAGAUGCAGAGAGGGAAGCAUACACUUUGGUUCUGAAGGGACACAUCUCUCUAGAUCAAGCCAUCUUCCCCAAGGGAACUACUGGGUUUGCCCUUGAUGGCUUGGCGAGACAACACCUUUGGAAAAACGGACUGGAUUACAGACAUGGUACUGGGCACGGAGUCGGAUCAUUCCUGAAUGUUCACGAAGGCCCCAUUGGCAUUGGUACUCGUGUCCAAUACGCCGAAGUAGCCCUUGCUCCAGGAAACGUAUUGUCCAACGAGCCUGGGUACUAUGAGGAUGGAAAAUACGGCAUUCGAAUCGAGAACAUGGUUCUUGUCAAGGAAGUUAAGACUAAGCACUCGUUUGGUGACAAGCCUUUCUUGGGCUUUGAGUAUGUCACUAUGGUGCCUUACUGUCGAAACCUGAUUGAUACGACCCUGCUCACAUCGGUAGAGAAGGACUGGCUCAACACUUAUAACGAGAAGGUUAUUGAGAAGACGCAAGGUUAUUUCGAGGGUGAUGAUGUGACAACAGCCUGGCUCAAGAGAGAGACAGUACGCAUCGAUUAA